CACUGACUGACACUCACUGACUUUAACACACUCACUGAUUGACAGACUCGCCGACACACUCACUAACCUUAACACAUUCACGGACACACUUGCCGACACACUCACCUUAACAUACUGACAUACUAACACUGACUUUAACACAACCUAAAUAGACUGACUGACUGACACACUCACAUUUACUGAGACACUCACUGACUGACACAAUCGCUGACACACUCAUUAACACUUGACAUUUUUACACUGACUGAGUGACACACUUAGUGACACAGACUGACGCUCAUACUGACCCUUGUCAGUCUGUCAGUAUGACUCACUGACACAAUCACUGACGUACUCAUACUGACCCCAACACACUGACUCACUGACACACUUACACACACACUGACACACUCAUACUGGCCCUGACACGUUGACUCACUGACACUCCCCUGGGUGUAUUACACACAGAAGAAACAGAUUUGUUGCUCUGCAGAUGUUCCUUUGUUAGAGUGUGAUGGGUAAACGGAGGAAAUCUCUCCAUGCAGCUCCAGGAGAGAAAGACGAUGCACCAUUGGCCACCGUAAGAAAGGUGAGAAAAAAAUGCUCCAUGCUUGGAGAAGAACAGAUUGCAGAGAAAGAAGAGGCAUCAGAAUGCAAACACGGAACAGACCUCAUCACUGUGACGAGUGAACAAUCAGAGUCAGAAGCACAAGAUAUUAACCUUACAGAGCAAAGAAUUGAUCUGAAGCAGGGGGGUGAGAAAGGAAGCUUCACAGUGAACACAUGCCAAGAGGGAGACCUAUUUCUGCUACCAUUAUCUCAGAAUUCAGCUGGAAGGUUUGUUCCUACCUUUGCAAAACCAAAGAAGCGUCUUUGCCGCAGCAGCUAUGUGAAGCACGCAGCAACAGAGAGUAAACUUGAAGAAGAUGGCAAUUCUCAGAACACAUACCUUCCAGAUUCAGACAGUAACUUUGGUACCAGCCACCGAGUGCAGGUAUCACAGUCAUCUCCAGAACGGAUUGUGCUGAAUAUAACCAGUCAGGGAAAUGCUGAGGAACUGUGCAGAAGUCAGCAUGGAACUGAGGUUGCUGAUGGGAUAAUGAAACUGGACUGCGAUGAGGACGUAGUGAUUGGAACUAUGCAGGCAGGGGCUGAGCCAGCGGGAUGUGAACAACAGAGACACAAUCACACCGCAGCAAACAGCCUGGGAGAGCCUGAGUGUUCAGAAGCUGAGCAAGUCAACACCAGGUUCUGCUCCAGCCUUUCAACAGCAGCCACCGAGGAGCAGACUUCAAGCGAUUGUCAUGUGGAACCACAGCCUGGUCCGAAGGAUGGUCUCACUGAACAACCAGAGCUUGAAAGUUCAGAAAAACCCUUACCCAACACCGAGCUCGGCCCUUCACAAAGCACCAUCUGCCCGGCUGAGAACACGGGAGAAAAUCUUGCUUCCAAUAUUGAUCAAGUGUAUUGUGAACAACAGUCUAUGAAUCAAACUCAAGAUGGAACAGAUAGGAAGAUGUUGCUGGUGAACACUGAGACAGUCCAAUCCCGUGACUCCCCAUGCUUGGAUAACACUGAUGCCCAGAUUAACACAGCACUAAACCUCACCGAAGAAAUAGCUCCAGCUGGGAGCCAGCCUCAGAAUCGGAUUGGCAUUGAACCGCUGAUUGAAGGUCCUGAUGGGGUUUUGCCUUUGGCAGAUAAAGGAAUGGCGGACUGCCUGGAUGCGUAUCAGCAGAAGGAAAACAUUAAGGAAGAGGGACAAGGAAAUAUAAAUAAAGAUUUGGAAUGGGGCUCAGACGGUCUGGGUGUUAAUGGCUUUGUGGAUUUAUGGAUGAAGCAGGUUCAGGCAGGAACCAGCACAGAAGCUAAAAAUACAGACAAAACAAUAGGUCCUGACAAAGCCGGUUUACCUGUGGAGGAGAUGUUAUGGGACAUCACUGUGGAGGACUUGAGCUCACAGCCCUUGACUAGUGCGCAACAUCACACCAGCUCACAGUGCUUGACCAGCGGGCAGCCCAAGGCCAGUGGGCAGCCAGAUACCAAUGGGCAGCCAGACACCAAUGCGCAGCCAGACACCAGUGAGCAGCCACAGACCAGUGAGCAGCCACAGACCAGUGAGCAGCCACAGACCAGUGGGCAGCCACAGACCAAUGGGCAGCCACCCACCAGUGGGCAGCCCCACACCAGUUCACACCGCUUGACCAGCGGGCAGCCCAAGGCCAGUGGGCAGCCAGACACCAAUGGGCAGCCAGACACCAAUGGGCAGCCAGACACCAGUGAGCAGCCAGACACCAGUGAGCAGCCAGAGACCAGUGAGCAGCCACAGACCAGUGAGCAGCCACAGACCAGUGGGCAGCCACAGACCAGUGGGCAGCCACAGACCAGUGGGCAGCCACCCACCAGUGGGCAGCCACCCACCAGUGGGCAGCCACCCACCAGUGGGCAGCCACCCACCGGUGGGCAGUCACAGACAGGUGGGCAGUCACAGACCAGCAUCUCACUAGUAUCCACUCCAGAAUGUUUGCAAACUUUAGCAGAGAAACAAGGUGAUAUUUCAAUGACUCUGCCGACUUUGAAAUAUGAAGCAAUGGCAUUCUAUCUUGAUAGCAAUCACCAGAGAGCAGUUAUCGGAGAGACUGCAUGGUGUGAUAAAUCAAAAGAACACAACAGUAUAACCAUCGCUGGAGUCGGAGGCUGUGCUCUGUCUGUGGAAGAUGUAGGUCCCUCAAGUAUGGAACAGGAAAGCAAAAGUACUCAGUGUAUGGUACCUGAGAGCGGGAUCCAGAGGAACAGAAGACAACCAAACCUACCCUCCAACAUGCAAACCGAGGUGGUCUGCCCAUCCACUCCUGAUAGGCUGCAGCCAGAUUCUGAGUUGCAGCUCACUGAACCAACGGAACAGCGAGAUGAAAGAAAGGAGAUCUCUCUGCCUGUUGAGCCUGUGGAUGAUGACACUACCUUUGGAUCUGAGCUGGAAGACCGGGAGUUGAGUGAAGCUGCAUUGGAGUUGAUGUCUGCUCCAAUUGAGGAAGAGGAUGCGACUGCCGUUGUCUGUGGUCUUAUUAACGAGCUAUCGAAAAUGAACCGCCUGAUUAUGGUUGCUCACAGGGAGCAAGAAAGACUGAAAAGGCAGAAGCAGAGGAAAGGGAAGGCUGCCGGGAGAUACGCUCAUACCCCACUGGCCACAUACUCUGUGAAGAGGAAAGAUCUGUGAGAAAGCCAAAAGACCAGCUCGCAGACCCUGGUAACUAAAGUUAUUUGUUUCACUGAGAGUUUGAAAAGUUCAUGUUGUAAAGACCAAUUUGUAUUUGCCACGUUGUUGAGCACGGAUGUGCCAGCAAAUUAGCAAACUAAAAAUUAGUAAUAUGUUAUCAUUCUGGGUGUUUAAUGCUUUGUAAGUGUGGGGAGCAUAAUUAGCAUGUUUCUGUGUUGUGGGAUUGCGGGCAGUGUUUGUCUGAAUAUGGUGCUCCACUCACUUCUCCAUUGACCUGCUUUUGUAAAGGGAGGGAAUGUUUUGAUGGCCGUUGUAGCUCACUUUGAGGAUUUAGUUCUUAUUGUUGUCUUUUUAAAUAUAAUGAUUUGUAAGUAUUCAUUGAAAUAAAGCAUGUGUUCAGUUUG